UUCAGGAGUGCAUGUUCUGCUGUGGAAUGCGGAUUUGUUUACGUUGAAUUCAACCAACGAUUCCACAAUGUGACAGAUAAGCUCCCGUUUUGCUAUAUAAUGGGAAACUCUGGCAACGCUCUGCGUGCAACCCAAUCAGAGAGCGGGUAUCAGAAAGAGACAAGCAGUCGCGUGCUCCUAUUCCUGCAUAGGACGUGGGCCAUCAUUUUGACUUCCAAAGCUCGCGCACGUUUGAGUAGAACCAUCCACAGUACUGACACAGGAAGCCAAUACACGUCGCAAUUUUCCCAGUACUCGUUUUGCAGCUGCUCUCAGUGUCAAAGAGAUGACGUCAUAAGUAGCGGAUGUUUUAGCGACUUAUUCGAAUCCGCUAGCAAUAUGGCGCCCAACACCGAGGUUCCGAGGGUGGACUGUCAUGUUCAACCCGUGGAGGAAAUUGCAAAUAAAGAGAAACAAAGACCUCCCAUAUACAAUCCAGAAGAUUACGGGAUCAUGCUGAAAAAGUGGGGGAAGAAAUCGGCAAACGGCGGUCUAAUCUCUUUGUACGCGAAUUCUAGCACUUCGGAUAUAGAAAAUACCCGUUCCCAGAGCAAUUCCUUCCGGGAUUACAGGAACCCGAUGCUCACGUCAUCCGGAUCUGAGAUGACUCUGAGGCAGUUUGGAACCGUGUCUGAGUUACUGACAAAACUGAAGUCUGAUUUGAGAUUAGCAUUCCCGAGUUUUGUGCAGGAAUUCGUGGCAGAUCCGUUAGACGGUGUCACUCUUCUUUUGGAUCUACUUCGAACCAUUCAAAUCAACCAAUCUAGUACAGUCGUACACGGUCCCCAAGGUUCUACGGGAACCACCGGCAAAAUACCACCUUCCUUGCAUCGGAGAGCUCUUCUGGACGAAUUCUCUUGUUUGCAAUGCCUAUUGAAUUGCUGCGCUCGAUACACCGAAUCGAUACGGAAGCUCAUUUCCUCGUCUGCAGGUUUAUUUACCGUUGCAGUGUGUAUAAUGAGCAAUGUAAACAAGUCUAGGAUAAUAGCUUUGCAGCUUCUUAUCAAGGCGUGUGAUCCAUCAAUAGGUGGUCACACUGCUGUAUCGGAGGCCAUGUCCACCUUAAGGCUACGAUUUGGUGAACCCGUGAGGUUCCGUUUUCUGGUCGGCAUGUUGACGUCGGCCGGUGGCCAUAAGGAAUUAAUAGCUACGGGGUUGAAGUUUCUAAAUACGUUUUUGGAUACUGCACUGUCGAAGCAGAAAAGGCUGUACAUACAGGCGGAGCUCGACCAAGCUGGGCUGGAUAUGGGAGUAAUUAAGAAAAAUAUGGAAAAUUGUACUGGAAGCGAGCAGGUGUGGGCGGAGAUAUAUUACUGGGAGAAGACCAAUAUCGAUAUUGAUUCAAUUACAACUAACUUGGACAAGUUGACAAAAGAAAACGAAUGUUUCAAAGAACGUAUAACUUUAAUGGAAAGGAAAGUUAAGAUCUUGCAAGAAGAAAAAGGCAUUCUGGUAUCGUUAGAAAAAUGUUUAAAGGAACGUUGCGGAGAAUUGCAGACAGAGAUUCAUUCAUUGAAAUCCGACCAAGUAUCCAAGAGCACCGCCUACGUUAAGCGUGAAGGGAUCUGCACACCAAACGAGGAUGAAGGAAUCUCCUCGUCAGAAAGAAGUCUCAGUCCCGACGACGAUAUUCAAAGGGAUUCCGUUUAUGAAGCUUUUAAGAUUCCGGCAUCAAACAAAAACGCUAUGGAUCAUAAGCAGGACGAUGAAGAAGAAACGACCAUUGAUGAAGUCAUAGAGGAACUCAGGAAUAUAAUAAACGACGCGGAAACGGAGGAGUAUGCGAAGAUGCAAGCCCAAAUCAACAAAAACAAUCAGAUAAUUGAAGAGGCUCAAGUCGCAAGCAAGUUGCAUAGCCAUUAUGACGCGGACGAUUACACGCUUUCCAGCGACACUGAGAUCAUACCUCAGAAUUUGCACCCGCAACCGCCCAGAAAGGCGAAAAGUCUCGUUCAUCUUUUCGUACCGUCAGAGGAUUACUAUUACUGUCCCAAGCAAUUAUUUUUUGAAAACGACACUCCGUACACCAGCGAAGAAGGAUCCGAUUCCUUGCUAAGUGCUUCUAAAUGUCAGGUGGCGAAGGCAAAACCUCAGGGAACUUGCAACAUGGUUAACUCGAAAUCCAAACAACACUGCAGGAGGCAUAAAAAAGAGGGCAAUGUCAGGUCGAGUAUGAGGAGGGCCGAGUCGUUGAAACAGUUAGAAAUUUGCCCCAGCAAUUCCCAUUAUUACAGCACCUCUAUAAAUAUCGGAACGCGAAAAGAAGUACUGAAAGACACCGCGGAAAAAGCAGAUCAGCGGUUCCAAUGUAAAAGUUUGGACAGGAUCGACGUUGGUCUAAAUACAAUGGUAGAUAUCGUGGUCACUGAUCAGAAGUGCGACGCCUUGCAUCAGUUACGAACGAAAAGUGACGUCACAGAUACGUCUCAAAAAACUUCCUCGAAUAUUUACGUCAAGAGAGGAAGCAGAUCGAGGUUUAGUUCAUAUUCGGAAGAUAAAAAAAUAUUUCUCCCCCUUCCACUGGGGGAGAGUAACAACUCGUCGCACUAUUUUCCAAGAGUGCAAGAAAGGCGGGUGACUAGCACGAGUUUUCUGGUAAAGAGGGGACACGCGAAUGCAGGAUUGUACUCCGGACAACUGCGUUGCGAUAGUUUCUUGAGAAAUAAAGACUAUUUAGCUAUAAGCGGAAAAUCGGGCGAAAAAGUUACGGACUUACCUUCCGGAUUAUAUUAGAAACAACAAUGCUUGUGUAUAUAGAAUUGUGCAACUAGCUCAGUUCGGCGUUUAUAAUUUAUUUGGUUAGUUAUUCAGUUUUAUAGGUUUCCGUUCAACGAAUGUUAUUUAGAAUGCUUCAGCGACGAUGUCUAAUUGAAAGUUAUUCUUCAAAAUAUUAUCUAGUAUUUCGAAUAGAGUAAUUGAGACCAAUUGAUCGUAAUUAAAAGCAAUUGUUUUGCCGUUGUCUGGAGAAUACUGCCUUGAGAAAUUAACUUCUGUUACAAGUAAGUAAUUGUUACAAAAGUAAUUGACAAAGCAAAUAUCGGAGAAAUAAUUCUACGGCGAUUUUAUCCAAGCCAUGGCCUGCUUGUUUAAGUUUAUGCCGUGUUAUUUUCACUAUUGAUAAAUAUUGAUGGCAUUGUUAGUUUGAGUUAUUAAUCUAACUUUAAUUAGUUAAGUCUUGAGUAUAAAAAUCAACCAAAGACAGAACGGUUGAAAAUACCAUUAAGUAAGCACGCUUUAAGAAAUCUGAUGGUUCGGUUUUAACUUUGUAAUUUUGGGUAUCGUUACGAUGCUUUUUCACAAAUAAGUAAUAAUCUCACAAAUUGUUGAAGUGGGCUAAUGGGCUACUGCACCUUUGACCACUUGCAACGUCCACAAUAGAAAUUUCCAAGAAGGCAAACAAAAGAAAUCAAAAGUUUUAAAUAAUAUUGACCUCGUUGGUUGGCUUAUUUCUAGUACGAUAUA